GGAGGCAUGGGCCGGGGGGCCUGACAGGGUGCCCCUCCCGCCCCCAUAGCAGAGCCCCUCACUCCCAAUCCGCAUUCCCCCCUGCAGCGAUGCCCCUCACUCCCGACCUACAGCUCCCCUCUCCCAGCAACCCCGGGACACCACUUCCUGCCCACUCGACCUUGCACCACUUCCUGCCCCUCCCUGCUCUGCGACACCUACCCUGCUUCUGCCAUCGUGGGGCAACUGUUGCAGGCAGCGUCGGGCACGGAGACCUCAGGAGACGGCCCCCCGGCCCCCAGACCUCCACCGGGCCCGACAUUGAGGACCUCCCUCCCCUGCCCCGGCCACGAGGUUCCUCAGCGGCCAAUCCUAGUUGCUCGCGGCUCCCAUGGCUGGGUCCACCCGUCCCAUGAUGCUUGUCGCCAUGGUGAUCAUUGCCACCGCCCUCUUUUCCCUGGUGAGUGGCACGUCGGUUCCACGCAUUAAGUCCGCUGUCAACAAGACUGAGAGCUCCAGGAUCACUGAGACGAGCGAUGUGGAGGGCACCAAGAUGGCGACAGAGGACUCGAGCCCUACCCAGAAUCCAUUGCCUACUUCCACAGGGGUUUCCAAGAUGGCCGAUGACACCAACGUGACCACCGUGUCUCCGUCCCCCACGGCUGGGCCUGCUUCCACAAUACCCAGCUCCACUUCAACCCCGUUGUCACCCUGGGAGGAAACCCAGAUACUGGAGAGCUCUACCCAGAAUCCUUCGCAUGAUGCCAUGGGGGCUCCUACAGCGCCCGAAGAAUCUCCUACGGCCAACCAAUCCGAGCUCUCCACCUACCUGAACUUGACCAAGAUGACCAUCCACACGUUGCCCCAGGAAGUGGACUUGAAGGGGGCAGACAACAAAACCAACUCUACCCAGAAACCUCGCAGGCCCGAAGGCGCUCCGACGAUGGCUACCACGACCAGGUCCAAGAUGGCCACCUUGACCUCGACCCCAGGGGAGCAAACUAAGAUGGCGCCAGUGAGCUCUACCCACAAGCCAUUGAGCGAUGGCGGGAGCUCUCCCAAGAUGGCUGCCGCCACCACAGUGGCAACCGGGAGCCCCAGCCCAGUCGGCAAGGGCAAGGCCAAGAGGCUGAGCACCACGAUGCCGACCACGCCCUCCACCACCGGCAGCCAUCUUGGAGGGAUGUCGCUGAGGCCGACCCCGGUGACUGCUGGCGUUACCUGGGCGAGUCCCCAUGCUGCCCGGAGCGCGUCCUGGGUGCUCCCCGUGGUGGUGGUGGUGGUGCUGCUCGCCCUUGUCCUAUUGGCCGCUGCCUUGUGCUGGCGGCGGCAGCAGCGCUCGGGCUCCACCAGCUUCGCGGGGCAGCAGUGGGCGGGGCCAGUCCCACUGCCUGAGGAGGGCGGGGCUGGGGGCGGAGCGGAGCAGGGGGCGGAGCUCCAGGCAGGGGUGGGGCUGGAGCCGGGCCCGGCCCUGAGCACCUUCAAGGGGCGCAGCCCAUCGGCCGAGGUGGCCCUGCAGGAGUUGCCCCCGGCGGCCAUAUCCAAGAUGGCGGAAGCCACCAUGGUUGCCAUGGGAAUCCAAAAUGGGGAAGGGAGUUGGGGGCCAUCUUAG